AUGAAGUACUUGCCGAUAGCUCUCCUUUCUUGCUGUCCUACGUGGCCGACCUCCUGUGGUGGCGCUGGUGCUUGCGGCUCUUUGCUGGCGGCUGACACGCAACUUCUUGGGCGAUGGAAAAGUUUGCACUUGCCAGCGCGUCCUACCUUGUGCAUUGAAAUGUGGUUUGUGUACAUGUUGUCCAUGUUCACUUCCACAUGGUGCAGUGAAAUUGGCCCCACUACCUCCCACCCGGGCUAUGCUGCCGGCUCUGCCUUGGUUGGUGCCCAGCCUUGCCUCUACCAGCUCUACAUGAAGUACUUGCCGAUAGCUCUCCUUUCUUGCUGUCCUACGUGGCCGACCUCCUGUGGUGGCGCUGGUGCUUGCGGCUCUUUGCUGGCGGCUGACACGCAACUUCUUGGGCGAUGGAAAAGUACCACUGCCGCGGCAGCGCUGUUGUGUCCCGAUGGCCAACAUGCAGUGCUGUGCAACAUCGGUGAUUCGCGGGUGGCGCUGGUAGGGGAUUGGACGGUGCUGGACCACAGCGGCCACGAACCACAGCAGCUUCCUGGCUGUGUCCUGACCCAUGCGCACCGGGUGACGGAUCCAGAGGAGAUGGAUAGGAUCGAUGCGGCAGGUGGAUUCGUGGAGUAUGGAGCGAAUGGGCACCGUGUGAACGGUGUCCUGGGCGUAUCGCGUGCCAUCGGCUACUGUGGCAUCCCUGACUUUGCUGAACUGGUGCCGUCGCUGUCGGACAGUCUGAUUCUACGUAGAGACGCUGGGGAGCAGGUGUUGGUGGCACUUUGUACUGACGGACUGUGUCAAAGCCGCAAGGAUGAAGAGGCUGUUGCGAUUUUCAAGGAGGUGGCAAAGGCAGAGAGUUAUGCCUCACUUGAGAAGAAGGUGGCGGAAGCCCUGGACGUUGCUGGUGGGGGUGUGGCCUCCGACAAUAAGGACAAUGCCACGCUGCUGGCUUGCUUGCUGCCGGAACUUCGGGAGUGAGCGCAGCGGACCCAUGGUCACUGGUGGACGAAAUUGGGAGCGAAAAGACUUGAAAGAUCUUGAAAGGGUAUAGAUAGUCAUUAGUAGUAAUUAGAAUUAACUAGAUAGUUAUUCAUAGGUAUCUUUUUUCAAGUGGCCAUUGUACAUAUCACACCCUGCCACACUUUAAAGAGGUUUUUCAACAUUGCCUGGGCCUUGACAAAGGCAUCAGGGUCUCAACGGUCUUAAUGAUCUUAAUGAGGGCAGCAAAUGGCUGUCAAUCGUGAACUCGGUUUCUGGCAG